CGAAUAUUCAGCGUUUAAUUCAAAAUUAGAAAAAUUGGUAAAAAAUAUGGAUAACGUAGAACAAUUAUUAACAGUGCUCCAAGACAUACGCCAACACAUUACCCGAAUUUAUGAGAAUUUCAAGAAGACUUCAAAAAGUCGUCUGACCGAAGGAUAUGUUGAAACCAAAAUGUCGAUCUUACAAGAAUACUGGGUCGCCUUCACAAAUAAUCAUAACAGCUUAAUAAGGAUAGUAACGAAAGAACAAAGAAAAUCAUUGGAGUAUUUCAAGAACGAAGUAUUCGUCGACUGCGAAGAGAACUACAUUCAAGGUAAAGCAGCUAUGAAAGAUUUUCUUCAGCCAGCACAUCCCCAAAGCAGCAGCAUACCAGCUAUCGGCAGCCCACUAAGUAUGAAGCAGCAGGUAAAAUUACCAAAUAUAGAAGUACCCACAUUCGCCGGUAAUUAUGAAGAUUGGCCAACAUUCCAAGACCUUUUUAUCUCCCUCAUUCACAAGAACGAUGGAAUUAGUAAAGUACAAAAACUACAAUAUUUAAAAUUGAGUGUCAGCGGGGAAGCAGAAAAUUUACUAAAACAUAUACAAGUAACGGAGGACAACUAUGAUCAAGCCUGGGAAGUGUUGAGGCAGCGAUAUAACAAUAAACGUCUCAUUGUAACAUCUAUUUUAAGGAAAUUAUUUAACCAGAAAAAGUUGCAGAGUCCAUCGGUGAGUCAUAUAAAAGCUUUACUUGAUACCACUAACCAAUGCCUCCAUAGCCUUAAUAAUUUAAACAUUAAUACAGACCAAUGGGACCCUCUAAUUGUUUAUAUAAUUACCAAUAAAUUAGAUCUAGAGUCACAAAAGGGAUGGGAAGAAUAUGUAAGCAAGGAAGUUUCCGGAGAUCUACCUACAUUUUCAAUUUUAAAAAAGUUUCUAGAAAUUAAAUUUAGAACGCUCGAAUUAUUACAAUCAUCUACAAAGGAGAAAAAUACAGUCCACACAUUUCAUACUACAACAAAUUUCAAAGCAUGUGUCUUAUGUAAAGAACACCAUGCACUUUGUCACUGCAAAAGUUUUGGAAAAAUGAAUCUACAAAAGAGAAGAGAAUAUAUCAAUCAGAAUAACAUCUGUUACAACUGUUUAAUUCCAGGACAUCCUGUCAAAUAUUGUCGAUCAUCUAGCACUUGCAGGAUUUGUCACAAACGGCAUCACACGCUUCUUCAUCAUUCACCCACAGCGAGUACCCAAGGCAACUUACUUCAAGAAUACCAAACACAACAUUGCAAUACAGCGACUGGCCCCACAUACAAGGACUUGAGUUAGCCGAUCCAAGUUUCAAUAUUUCAAGAUCUGUAGACCUACUGUUGGGAGUAGAUGUAUAUUCACAAAUAAUACUGAGUGAGGUUAUAAGAGGCCCACCGGGAACACCAUGUGCUCAAAACACCACAUUAGGUUAUAUAAUUUUUGGAACAAUAGAUGAUAGUUUACAAUCAACCCAAGAAAAUAUUAUAGUUAUGCAUCAAAUUACAAACCUAGAUGAUAUGUUAAAAUCACUAUGGGAAAUAGAUACAACUUCUAAAAGAAAAUUAACGCAAGAUGAACAAAUUUGUGAAGAAUUAUUUCAGAAUACAACAUCAAGAAGUAGCAAUGGCAGAUACAUUGUACAAUUACCUUUCAAAACAGACAAGCCUAAAUCCAUGGAAGGAAAUAGUCAAGAGAUAGCAUUGAGAAGAUUCAAACAAUUAGAAAGCAAAUUAGAAAAGUCACCAGGUCUUAAACAAAAAUAUAAUAAAGUUGCUCCAGUGAAAACAAUAUCCUUACCUCGUCUCGAGUUAUGUGGUGCAGUCCUACUAGCAAAAUUAUUACACCAUGUAACCAAUGCAAUGAGAAUACCAUCAAAUCAAGUUUAUGCAUGGACAGACUCUUCAGUUGUGUUAGCAUGGCUGCUAGGAGAACCAAACAGAUGGAAACCAUUUGUCGCUAAUCGAGUAGUGGAGAUAUUGGACAACAUCAACAACAGUCAAUGGUAUCAUGUUAAGUCUCAGGAGAACCCGGCAGAUGU